UAACCAGUCACCAUGAAGCCGAUUCCUCGCAGGUGAUCCACUACGUUGUCACUGGUUGUUGGGAUUGAUAAUUCCCCCAUCUAAAAAUUCUUAUCGCAGCCUUAUCAAAACCAGUUUUCCUGCAUACUGCCCCUCCUCUCGAACAUUCAAAUCCUGCCGUAUGUCCUCCUCCCCCGCACGUUGACCACGGACUACCACCGAUUUCAUCAGCACGCCGUCCCCAAUUCUUAUAAACAGCAACAACUACAGCAACAACAACAACAACAAUCAAGCUUCAAUAGCUGACCGAGUCCCCGUGGCUGCUCCCUCCAACCAUGCGGGACCCUUCCCCGGACCCCGUGGAUAGCACGGUCAAUGACAACGACACGCCCGGGCGCAGCAGAUGGACCGCCAAGGCCCUCGUCCGGCAGGCCGAGAAAUCCCACCGCCGACUGCCAGGCAUCCGCAAGAUCCCCCUGCCAGCAAUCGGGAUUAUCCUGUUCAUUGCGUUCCUGAAUGUGGUCGUGUGGAUUGCCGCGGCGAUUGUGCUGCGAUACCAUCCAUCCCUAGUCUCCAACGCCGUGCUUUCCUACACCCUCGGCCUGAGACACGCCUUUGAUGCGGAUCAUAUCUCGGCCAUCGACCUAAUGACCCGGCGCUUACUGGCGACCGGCCAGAAACCCGUGACCGUGGGGACGUUCUUCUCGCUGGGUCAUUCCACAAUCGUAAUCAUAACCUCCAUCGUCGUAGCCGCCACCGCGGCAGCGAUCUCCUCGCGCUUCGACAGCUUCAGCACCAUCGGCGGCAUCAUCGGCACGUCCGUCAGCGCCGCCUUUUUAAUUCUGCUGGGGCUAAUGAACGCCUACAUCCUGUACAAGCUGUACCGGCAGAUGCAGAAGGUGCUGAAUCUGCCGGAAGACCGGGAGGACGAGAUCUGGAAGAUCGAGGGGGGCGGGAUGUUGUUCAAUGUGCUGAAGCGGAUGUUCAAGUUGAUUGAUCGACCCUGGAAAAUGUACCCCCUGGGCGUCCUGUUCGGGCUAGGAUUCGACACCUCCUCCGAGAUCGCCCUGCUGGGGAUCUCGUCCGUCGAGGCGGCGAAGGGGACGAACUUCUGGGUGAUUCUGAUUUUCCCGGCGCUGUUUACCGCGGGGAUGUGCCUCCUCGACACGACGGACGGCGCGCUGAUGCUCUCGCUGUACGUGCAGCCGUCGGCCAACUUCCUGCCGCCGAAGAGCGAUGCCGCGUCGGACGCGCCCCUCAUUUCCGGGCCGGAGGAGCAUGACGCCGAGCAGCAGCAGAAGAACCACCGCGACCCCGUCGCGUUCCUGUACUACUCGAUCGUGCUGACCUGCCUCACGGUGGUCGUGGCCAUUGUCAUCGGCGUCAUCCAGGUGCUGACCCUUGUGCUGAACGUGGCGAACCCCACCGGCCGGUUCUGGGACGGCGUGCAGGUGGCGGGGGAUUAUUAUGAUGCCAUUGGCGGGGGGAUCUGUGGGCGGUGGGUGGCUCGGCGGAAGGGACGGGGCCUGUUAGGUGAAAUGCCGGAUCCACUGAGGCAUAAGUUGAUGCCUGAGGCAGAAGACUUGACUGACACGCACCUCACCAUCGAGUCCCUCCACGACAUCGAAGAGGAGCUCGUUCGCCGCAACGCACGGCUGACCUACGACAUCGACGAGGCCGCUCUCAUCCUCGGCAAGCUCAGCCAGCCCAAACGCGCAGCACUGGAACUGCGCACGCUGGGCGUGUGGACUGAGCCAGCCCAAGGGUCUUCAAAGCCCCCGCCGGCCAAACGCCGCCGAGGCAAUGCCUAUGCGUCCGCCCCGGGGGAAGCGGAGGUUAUCGACCUCAGCACGGAGACAGAGGACGAGGAAGACGGGAUGAGCAGCCAUGCCUCCUCUACGCAUCUCCACGCACCUGCCAAACCAACCCCAGACACCUCCACCCUGACAGUCGUCAAGCUGGAGUGGCUCCACGCCUGCCUGCGCACAAACACCAUCCUCCCAACCGAGGAGUACACAGUCUACCACGCGCGACGCAUCGAGCGUCCAGCCCACCGCAGCCCACCCCCAACGAAGCAAACGCAAACAUCAAUCCUCGCCCGCGCCAAAGCAGACGCCUCCAUGCAGCCCCCAGCACCCCAACGAACCCGCCCCUACCAACCCCGCCACCACCAGCAACAACAUCACCCCCGAACCCAGCCCCCUGCCACCUCCCACCCCCCGAAAUUGCACCGCACCACCACCUCCGAAGCCGAAGACCUAGGCAAUCUCCCACCUCCCCCAUCCUGGAUAACCGCGCCCCACAACACCUACGCCUGCCUCCGCUCCACCCCGCUCCACCCACCCAACGAAGCCUUCAUCAACGAACUCCUCACCAUCCGCCACAUCCGCGAGCUCACCCUGGACGAAAUCGGCGUCCGCGCCUACAGCACCGCCAUCGCCAGCCUCGCCGCAUACCCUUACCCGCUCCGCCGACCCGCCGAAGUAGCAGCAUUACCAGGGUGCGAUGCCAAGAUCGCGAACCUAUUCUACGAGUUCCAGCAGCUGAGCCCGAGCUCCAACUCCAGCGGGGAGAAUACACCGCGUCCACCGGAUCCAUCUCCCGCCAAUCUCGGGCAAGACACACCGGGUGCACCCCAGCCCCAAGGAGGGCGACUAACCGCAACGCACCCGCUAACGCACGACCCCACCCUCGCCACCCUGCACACCUUCUACAACAUCUGGGGCGUGGGGGCCAAAACCGCGCGGGAGUUCUACUUCCAGCGGGGGUGGCGGUCUUUGGAUGAUAUCAUCGAGUACGGGUGGGACAGUCUGAGCCGGGUGCAGCAGAUCGGGGUGAAGUUCUACGAUGAAUUCCAGGAGGGGAUUCCGCGGGAGGAGGUGGAGGGCAUUGCGGCCGUGGUGCGGCGGCAUGCUAACGCCGUCAUCGAUCUUCGGAAACAACAGCAACGCAGCCACCGCCACCCAACCACUAUCACCACACACUCUGACAAUAAAGAUGAAGGGGGAGGAGGGGUCGAGUGCAUCAUCACGGGCUCGCACCGCCGCGGCAAGCCGUUCUCGGGCGACGUGGACCUGAUCCUCACGCACCGCGACGAGGACGCCACCAAGAACCUGAUCGGGGCGGUGCUGCGCAGUCUGGAGGCGGAGGGCUGGAUCACGCAUACGCUGGCGCUGCACCAGGGGCACUCUGCGCGCGAGCAGGCGACGAUCCCCUACCGUGCGGAUAAUGCGGUCGGCCGCAAGAUGUUUGAUAGUCUGGACAAGGGGUUGGUUGUUUGGCAGCAUCCUGAUCCACGCCCGGAGGGUGGGGAUGCGCAUUCCACCGGGUAUACUCUGGAGAAUGGAAAGGGGAAUCCCCACCGCCGCGUGGACAUCAUCAUCUCGCCGUGGCGGACGGUGGGGUGCGCGGUGCUGGGGUGGUCCGGGGAUAAGACGUUCGAGCGGGACUUGCGGCGGUUCGUGAAGAAGGAGCGCGGGUGGAAGUUUGAUUCGAGCGGGGUGCGCGAGCGGGGGGGCGGGGGGUUGGUGGUGGAUUUGGAGGGGGCGGGAGAGACGUGGGAGGAGAGGGAACGGUUGGUUAUGGAGGGGUUGGGCAUUGGAUUCCGAGGGCCGGGGGAGAGGUGUACUCGGUGA